CAUCGGGGUCCUUUAGAAGAGGUUCUAAACAAAAGUGAAAAAAAAAUAAUUGGAAAAGCCCAAAAAAAAGAUGGGACCGCUGCUUAACUUGGGCUUUUUAGAACUGGUAAGAAUCCCUGACGUGUCGGUUUGGUAUUGGACAGCCCCCCCCCCACCGACUUCGUCAGCUUCGGCGUGAUGCUCAUCGACUUCGUCCCCACCGAAUCCCGCGUCUCCCUCGCCGGGGCUCCAGGUUUCCUCAAAGCUCCCGGCGGCGCUCCGGCUAUCGUCGCCAUCACCGUUUCUUGCCUCGGUGGACGAUCCGCCUUCAUCGUAAAACUCGGCGACGACGAGUUCGGACACAUGUUGGCUGGGAUCCUGAGGAAAAACGGCGUCGCUGAUCAGGGGAUCAACUUCGAUACCGGAGCCAGAACCGCCUUGGCGUUCGUGACGUUGAAGGCCGACGGUGAUCGGGAAUUUAUGUUUUACCGGAAUCAUAGCGCCGAUAUGUUGCUCCGUCCCGAUGAACUCAACCUCGAUCUCAUCAGAUCGCUCUGAUUCCGUUGAGUGAUGAAACGUGAUGAAGAAGUAUGGAGUGAAGCCAGAUGCUGAAACCCUUGACAUUGAAACACAACCCUUGUGUUUGCUUUGCAGAUUAGCAUCAACACCAGCAAUGUUUAAUAGUACAUUGACUGAAGAUGAAUCAUUCUUGUACCCUGCUGAUGGGGCUAUCAUGAUAACAUGUAUUCUUAUUGAUUUCGGUUUCUAUAAUAAGUAGUUCUAUAACUCCGACUUUGUAGGAAAGUAUAUGACUCUUGAUGACUUUACUUCAGUUCUUGGCUA